GUGAGGCAGGCUCAGGCAGCAUCAGGCUCAGCCCAUGUGAGAUGCCUUCUCCCAAUCACAGACCACCCUUCCCUGGUCCCCACGGCUCAAAGGGCUGGUGCAAGGUAGAAAAGCACCUCAGGCCAGAGCAGCAGCGUGCAGAGCAGGCCGGCCCAGUGCCACCAGGAGGAGGAGAGGGAAAGCCUGGGGGAAAUUCUGAAGAUGACCAAAGACGAGUCCACUGUUCGUUGCUUCCAGAGCCUGCUGAUUUUUGGAAAUGUGAUUGUUGGUAUGUGUGGCAUUGCCCUGACAGCAGAGUGCAUCUUCUUUGUAUCCGACCAACACAGCCUCUACCCUCUGCUUGAAGCCACUGACAAUGAUGACAUCUAUGGGGCAGCCUGGAUCGGCAUGUUUGUUGGCAUCUGCCUCUUCUGCCUAUCUGUCCUAGGCAUCGUAGGCAUCCUAAAGUCCAACAGAAAAAUUCUUCUGGCGUAUUUCAUUCUGAUGUUUAUCGUGUAUGGCUUUGAAGUGGCAUCUUGUAUCACAGCAGCAACACAGCGAGACUUUUUCACACGCAACCUCUUCCUGAAGCAGAUGCUGGAGAGGUACCAAAACAACAGCCCUCCAAACAACGAUGACCAGUGGAAAAACAAUGGAGUCACCAGGACCUGGGACCGGCUCAUGCUCCAGGACAAUUGCUGUGGUGUGAAUGGUCCAUCAGACUGGCAGAAAUACACAUCUGCCUUCCGGACGGAGAAUAACGAUGCUGACUAUCCCUGGCCUCGUCAGUGCUGUGUUAUGAACAAUCUUAAAGAACCUCUCAACCUGGAGGCCUGCAAACUCGGAGUGCCUGGUUACUAUCACAAUCAGGGCUGCUAUGAACUGAUCUCUGGACCAAUGAACCGACACGCCUGGGGGGUUGCAUGGUUUGGAUUUGCCAUUCUCUGCUGGACUGUGAGUAUUUCCCAUCACAUGUUUUAUUUCAGAGAGGAUGGUGGUAGGAGAGAGCUUGAGAUUGCCCUUGGUUAA